GUCCUUCUUUGUCCCAUGCAUGCGCAUCUGUCAUCUACAGGCAGCAAGCAAGGAGACGACCAUUCAUUCAUCUCGUUGCUCCUCUUCCGCCCCACCAACUUCUUCCCAUCUCUCAACGUCUCCUCCCAAGGUAUGCAGAGAACACGUGAUGAUCUGGAGAAGAAGCUACAUGAUUCAAAUACAACACCAAUGUUUUUUCCACUUGAAUUUUUGAAGGCCAUCACAUGUGAUUUUUCCACUGAGUCGGUACUAGGUGAAGGUGGGUUUGGAGUGGUUUACAAGGGAGUUCUUCGAAGUGGCAAAGUUAUUGCUGUGAAGAAGCUUUUUGAAAUCCGUCUAAAAGAGGACACAUUCCAGAAUGAAGUACGCUAUCUUAUGGGGAUUAAGCACCAGAAUAUAGUACAGUUCCUAGGUUAUUGUGCGGAAUCAAGUUGGGAAGCGAUAGAGCAACCUAGUGGUAGUGGAAAAUUUAUUUUUGGUGAAUUACCGAAAAGGUUGCUCUGCUUCGAGUACGUAUGCAACAAAAGCCUCGACAACCAUAUUUCUGAUGAAUCUUCAGGCCUUGAGUGGAAUAUGAGAUACGAGAUAAUUAAGGGGAUUUGCAAUGGGUUGCAUUUCCUUCAUGAAGAAUGUCAUAUGGUUCAUCUCGACCUUAAGCCUGAAAAUAUAUUGAUGGACUCUACUAUGAUCCCAAAAAUCGCUGAUUUUGGUUUAUCGAGGAUCUUUGGUGAGCAGCAAACACGAAUUGUCACUGAUAAUCGUGCGGGAACAUGUGGAUAUAUGGCACCAGAAUACUUAAUCCGAGGUGUAGUCUCAAACAAGGCAGAUAUAUUUAGUCUGGGUGUCAUACUCAUAGAGAUAAUAACAGGUGACAGGGACUAUCCAUAUUUCCACCAUGACAGUUCCCAGCGUGAUGCCACAACUUUCCAGCAGUUUACAGAGAAAGUUCUUGAAAAUUGGAGGAAUAGAUUCACAUCCACACCGAAGUAUACAAAGGAAAAAUAUGCGCACCAAGUAAAGCAGUGUGUCACCAUAGCCCUAAACUGUGUGGAUCCUAGUAUGGAGAAAAGACCUACUGCAAAGCAUAUAAUCCAGGUGUUUAAUGUAGCAGACAAGAUGGAAACUCACGAAGAGUUGCCGUCAGUCGUGCAGUGCGUAGACAAGUUACUCGCACUAAACACUACUGGAAGCAAGGAACUCACGCCCAUGAGUGCCACUGAAGAAAUGUUGAUCAUCAAAGCAGCUACUGGUAAACAAGUGGAUGAGGCCAAGUCUGAGGGUUUGUUACCGAUGCCUACAAUAGAGCCGAGCACAAUCAGACAGAGUUAUCAAGAGGGAGUAAAGGCAUGUAAUGAGCGACAAUCAGCCACUGAGACUGAGUCUGAGACAAUCCAACCUUUAAUACAGAUUAUAGAUUAUGGAGCAGGGCCAGGGAACAUCACAUGCAUCGAUGCAAAUCAGACAGAGCCAUUGAUUAUGACAGGUGACACUAGGGGGUGUGUUAAGAUAUGGAACUACGACACGCAGUCGCAGAAAGUGGUUGCUUCUAUUAUGGUCUCAGAGAGUGGAGUAUCCGCUGUUAAAUUUAUUGCACGAAAGCGGUGGCUUGUGGCUGUGUCACGUGAUUGUUUCAUCCAUGUGUACAAGUAUGAAAAGGAACUCGAAAAGGGUGUGGUAGGCAAAUAAAGUUUGGGACUGGGACCAGGACUGGAAUUGCAUACAGACAUUUGAAGAACACUCAGAUGAUAUUAAUGAACUAAAAUUUAACCUAGAGGACACCAAAAGUUUUGUCAGUGCUUCAGACGAUCGUACAGUAAAGGUUUGGAGUCUUGAUUCUCCCAAAUCCAAGUAUACUCUGUCUGGACAUUCGGAUUGGGUGCACAAGGUGGAUUUAUUCAAGCGUGAUGGUCAGCAGUAUUUGAUUAAUGGCUCUUGGGACAAGACUGCCAAGAUAUGGGACUUGCAGAAGGAGUGUGUUCAUACACUGGAACAUGAGUGUGAGUCUAGAGACUAUUCCAUCUUUGCCCAUCCCAGUCUUCCGGUUCUAAUUACAGGUACAAGCAAUGGUGUUGUUCGUGUGUGGAGCUCCACUGAUUUCAGGCUGAAGAAAAAGCUUGAGGUCAGUGGGCCGGUUUAUGGUCUCGCAUGUUUGAUGGGGUCAGAAAGGGUUGCAGUUGCACAAUUUUAUGCAGUAUCGUGAUGAAAAUUGGUGAUGAAGAAGGACAAGGUGGUUGUGAAGGCAGCAGCAACGAGAAUUCCAUAGCGGCUAUAGAUUAUUAGGAAACCCAACGCCAAUCGAGAGGACUGCUAGUACGUCUACGCGGUCUAUGCUAACACGGGCAUAAUGAAUUUCCAGAUCCGGAAACUUGAACGACUGAUUGGAGAUGAACAGUACCUGUCUGCUAGUACGUCAACUCUCUAGCAGGUGGCAACAGCUUUGUGUGCAGAAGCUGCUGAUUUCACCAAGAUAUAUAACUUCUUGUUGUCCGAGGAGAUUGCACUUGCGUGCGUCACGACUGGUGACUGGAACGCAUAUAAACGUGUAAAUUAACAAUCUCAUUGCUGAAGAUCCAUUCGUACUACCAUAAUAAUUGACUGAUACUACCUCCGUUUCGAA